ACACCCUUAUUCCCCAAGGCACCCAUCUUGGACUUCAAAUCCUUCAAAAUUCACUUCUUCCAUAGAACCCUCUAGACCUAAAACUAAAAGCCCAAGUAAUAUAAAUUUCCCCCACCCUUCCCUCUCUCAAUGCCAACAUCACCAAACAUCAAUUAACUCAUUCACACACAAUUAUUCCCUCCAAAUCAAUUAUGGGCACUCUAGUAGGACACGUAGCUCCAGGCAUGGGUUUCAUGCUAAUAGGGCUAUGGCACCUCUUCAACCACAUAAAGCUCCAUGCCCUAAACCCAACCUCCUACACAUCACCACCAUGGUUCCCAACCUCCAAACACAAGUACCUGGAGCUCCUCCUCAUCAUGUUAGGCUCAGCAGCCUCCAUCUCCAUGGAACUCUUCAUCGGCCCCAACCGCCACCAGCCCUUGGACCCUGACUUCACCAUCCCCUCCAACCACCUCCACAACUUCGAACACUCUUCCAUCUCCCUCGCCUUCCUCCUCUACGCCGCCUUCGCCCUCGUCCUCGACCGCCUCCCCUCCCCCGCCAAACGUGCCCUAACACAACUCCUCGGCUCCAUCGCCUUCGCCCAGCAACUCCUCCUCUUCCACCUCCACUCCGCCGACCACCACGGCCCCGAAGGACAGUACCACUUGCUACUUCAGCUCCUUAUCUUAAUCUCCCUCUCAACUACCCUCUUGGGAAUCCCCUUCCCCAAAAGCUUCUUAGUUAGCUUCGUUCGUUCUCUAAGCAUUUUCUUUCAGGGUUUAUGGCUUGUGCUUAUGGGGUACAUGCUUUGGACGCCGGGGCUUAUCCCUAAAGGCUGCUUCAUCAACGAAGAAGAAGGCCACCAAGUUGUUAGAUGCUCCGACCAUGAUUCUCUCCACCGCGCCAUAUCGCUGGUUAACAUUCUCUUCAGCUGGUUCAUCAUUGGUGUCACCGUUUUUGGUGUUGCUUUUUAUUUGGGUUUGGUUAAGUUUUACGGUGAAAAAGUUGACUAUGUUGCGUUGAGGGACGAGGAAAUUAGUGACGAUGUUGAGUCUCAAAAGAGAAGCAUACUUGGCAACCCCACGAGUUUUAUUCGUGUUGGCAAAAACUUUUUACCUCUUGACAUAGAAAGGUAGAAGAAUGACGAACGAAAAUUUGAACGGAUUAAUUGGAAUUAAUUGUGAUUACUGGUUGGUUGGGUUUAAGUGGGUGCGUGUACAGUGGGAUUAAUGGUAAUAGUAUAUUAGCGUGGUGGGGUCCUUUGUAAAUUAAUUAAUUGAACCAGCAAGAAUGAAGUUAGCUCAUGGAAUUAUGUGUUAUACUAUUUUUCAUAGGAGGAUGAUCUGUUGAGAUUGUGUGUACUUGGAUCAUAAUAUAUAAAGGAUUUUAUUUAAGGAAUUUAAUUUA